CAGUGAGCAAGAAAGAGAAUGAUCGGCUACCUAUUUUAACAAUAUGAAGUGCAUGUGAUUUGGAGCCAAUGGUGGCUUCGCUGGCCAAUGGCUUACGAAGGUAACUUGGAAAGUUAAUGGCAGAAAAAAGAAGCCAAAGAAGAAGAGAAAAAGGUGAGGUGGGAAGGAGGAUGGACAUGGAAGUUGACGUUGACGUGCCUCCUUCUUCCCUGGUCCAGUGUGGCGAUGCCUUUGCAAUCAUAUUGCAUGGUUGGGACAUGAUUCUCUAGACAGACUGUUAUUAUUUUUCCCUGUGGGUCUCUCUCUUUCUCGCUGGCCAGUUGGUUACUUUGUUGCAUCAAACGUGUUUUGGCUCCGAGUCAACGAUCAACCCAACUAAUGAAUUGCCCCUUUUGAGUUUUGAAUUCCGUCCAACCAUUUCUCGGACUGCCAAUCGCCCACACCCUCGUUAUUUGCUUCUUUCUUUCUUUUGAAGGAGCAAUCCCAAAAACAAGGGGACUGAAGUAACUUCAUCCUGACCAGUAAUGAUGGAAGAAGGUAUUGAUAUCCAAAUCAAUCGUGAGAAACUUGGGGUUGAAAAUGGGCAUGAGAUAGUAGCAAACACUGAUGAGAGGCUGGUUGUUAUAAAAGGUGAACCCAAGAUUCUUUCUCGUUAUCUAAGUGGUCGGAUCCCUUCCUGCCAUGAUUCUUGCAAAUAUGGCAUCCAAGAUUCUGUUGAAGCUAAGCCAUGGAGUGCAGCAGGGAAAAAAUUUAUGGCAAGUGGUAGGAAAAUCAAUGUUUCAGAAGAAAUCGUUAUUUCUGUGGCAAGGAUGAAGAAAUCAACAAGCAGUUUAAAUGAUUCCCCAACAUCAAAGUUGGAAAUGCCUGAUUGUUCUAUUGUCAUGAAGGAUCAAUUGCCAAAGGAUGGAACUACUAUCCCUUCAGAUAAAACUUUGCUGUCUCUGGUGGAAACCAAUGUUUCCAUGGACCAUCAUCCCUGUGAUAUAAAGAAAGAACAAUCAGAGCAACCUUCUCUGCCAGAGCAGGAAUCUUCUAGUAGUCAAACGAGUAGGGAAGUAGAGAAAAGCAAAACUCCUUUUGGUUGUGGCAGUAAGAAUAUAAGUGAAGGCAGAAGCAAACAGAUAAGGACAUCUCCAGUUGGUGGUAAGAGGAGAUCAGUGCCAACUGGUAGCCCUUUAUCUUCAAAGCACUAUGUAAAGAAAUCUUCAAACACAACUUCUAAGACUGCCAAGAACCUGAAAGAAGUGGCUAAUCUAAAAAUUCAGAAGAAUGUUGAAGAAGUCAAACUUGAGUCAACCAACAAUGAUAAUUUACAAGAAAAAUUUUUUGAUGUGGACAAACCUACCCCUGAUGAGGAAUCUACGGAACCUACUUUGGCUUGUGAUCCCACUAACCAGUCUUUGGUCUCACCAUCAUUGGGGGACAGAAGCUUGGAGCGAGAUUCUGAGCAAAUCAAUGAGUGUGGAUUGCCUGUCUCUUCAAAGAAGAGCAUUGGACAUGCUAACUAUGGAAUUCAUCGAACUAAAUCUCCAGCACCCUCUCCUCAAUCUCCUGGGAUUAAAGACAAGAAACGCCAGCAGAAAACAAUCAUUGCCUCAUCAUCUCUAUCACCACUGUCACAAUCAGCAUCUUCAAGGAGGAACCUUGGACAUGGUGACCAAGGAAAUCGUCAAACUAAAUCUCCAGCUUCUUUUCCUGCUGCUUCGGGGAUCAAAACCAAUAGACAGACACAGAAUACAAUGCAUAAUACUUCACCAUCUCCAUCUUCAUUGUCACGAUUACAAUUUUCAAGGAGGAACUUCCAACAUGCUGACAAUGGAACCCGUCUAAGUACAUCUAUGAAACCCUCUCCUAUGCCUUCUGGGAUCAAAGUCAAGAGACGAAUGCAAUGUACAGUACUUACUGUUUCAUCAUCUUCAUCAUCGCCAUCAGCAACAAAAUUACCUAUUUCCCCACCCAACUCUUCCCUUGGAAAACAAAAUGGUGCCGCUUCUAAGAGCAACAAAGCAGGAAACCAGUAUCCAGGUGAAAAUAUGAAGGUUAGGUUCAAAAUCAGGCGAAAGAUGAGUGCAAAAAGUGGAGCAGGAGAUGGAGUUAUUCCAGCCCGUAAAUUGAGUUUCAGGAGGGGAAAGGUGAUUGAACUUAAGCCUAAGAACAAUGUUCCUUCUCCUCAAAGACUCAAAUUUCGGCCUUCACGCUUGCUUAGUGACACUGAAAGAGAAAAAAUUGAAAACAGAAAAUGGAUCAGGAGAUGGAGAGAAGCCGACAAAGGUGAAUCAAAUGAUGCAAAAACAAAAUCUGGAAAUGUUUUGCCCAGGGUCCAAAUUGUGGAAAGAAGUGAAAGGAGAAAUUUUGGGAGAACAGUUGUAGAUGGAAGCAAGAUUGAUGGUUCAGCGUCAGAACCUCAGCAAGUUGUUUUAAGACGCCAAAAUUUGCUUGGGAAGCAAGUUACCCGGCGUUUAUACAAUAAUGUGAUUGAGGAGACCGCAACCAAGCUUGCUGAGCUCAGACAGAGCAAGGUCAAGGCUUUGGUUGGUGCAUUUGAGACUGUAAUAUCUCUUGAUUCUUCUCGGAUGGAGGCCACACCCACGUAAAUAAGAACAAAUAGUGUUACCUGAGGUUUGCCGCAUGUUGAAAAUAUAACUUUGAUGUAUAGAAUGAUAAAUUUAUGUGAGAGAAUAAUACAAGAAGGAUGUGCACGGUUCAGAAAGUAGUGACUUCAGUCUUAAGCUUUUUGAAACGCAACUGUGAGUAUUGUGGAUUGAUUAAGCUCGGAUUGUUGAUGUUGUUUCAUGUAUUUCCCUUGAAAUGUUAAUUGUUAACGUUUGGAAAUUGAGGAGAUUUUGUUGGUGGUA